UCUGCUCUUGGCUUCCUUCUGUCCACACUCCUCUCUCUACCUACAGCCUUCAUGGCCCCCAAAAAGCCAGAUCCCAAGAAGGAGGAGGCCAAGGCAGCCCCUAAGGCAACUGUACCGGUGCCAGAGCCCGAGGCCCCCAAGGAGGAAAAGUUUGACGCCUCCAAGGUCAAGAUCGAGUUCACUCCCGAGCAGAUUGAAGAGUUCAAGGAGGCCUUCAUGCUGUUUGACCGCACACCCAAGGGGGAGUUGAAGAUCACCUUCGGGCAGUGUGGAGACGUGCUGCGGGCGCUGGGCCAGAACCCCACACAAGCGGAGGUGCUCCGGGUCCUGGGGAAGCCCAAGCAGGAAGAGCUCAACACCAAGAUGAUGGACUUUGACACGUUCCUGCCCAUGCUGCAGUACAUCGCCAAGAACACAGAGACGGGCACCUACGAGGACUUCGUGGAGGGGCUGCGUGUCUUUGACAAGGAAGGCAACGGCACCGUCAUGGGCGCGGAGCUCCGCCAUGUGCUGGCCACGCUGGGAGAGAGACUGACAGAAGAUGAGGUGGAGAAGCUGAUGGCCGGGCAGGAGGAUUCCAACGGCUGCAUCAACUAUGAAGCAUUUGUGAAGCACAUCAUGGCCAGCUGAACUCCUCACCCGACGGAGGCCGGGAGGCCAUGCUGGGGAAGGCCCACCACCUCGCAAGAUGCUGACAGACCCCAGUGACCCUGAGCUGGAGGACAGAGGGAUGUGACAAGACCUCUCCCCUGGCCCAGCUUCCCUUGACUGCGUCUCUGUCCCCAUCCCACGGCUUCAUGAAUAAAGAUUUCCUUCCUUCCUUC